CGCCAAUGCACAGCAUCCCGCUGCAUUGACUUUAAUGUUCUGUGGGGUAAAAUUUCCCAUGAGCAUCUGGCUACCAUUUAGACGCAUUGAGAGCGAGUUGACAGAGAAAUCCUGGACUACCGAAGACUGAAAGCCGGUUUCGUAUAAUGAGGAUAAACUGCAAUAGGCCUUGACAUUUGAUUUAGACCUAAUUCAGAUUAUUUUGUUGAACAGAAAUAGAACAGACUGCAUUGCUCAUAGUCUCAGACUAUAAUGGCCUGAUAUUAGUCACACUUUUUCUUAAGACACAUCUGCGGUUAAGCUUUCUCAGGUUGUACUGCACAUUUUUUUGAAUAAGCAAGCAAAAUGGAGCACUCCUUCCAAGACGGAAUUCGGACCAAUAAUGUCCAGGGACUAUGAAGAGCCUGGUCAGUCUGUAGGGAUGUUGGCUGCGGUGGAACAUGGUCCGGUCCUCUGCAGUGACUCCAACAUCCUCUGCCUCUCAUGGAAAGGGAGAGUUCCCAAAAGUGAGAAGGAGAAGCCGGUGUGCAGGAGGCGCUACUAUGAGGAGGGCUGGCUGGCCACUGGGAACGCCAGGGGUGUUGUGGGUGUGACGUUCACGUCGAGUCACUGUAGAAGGGACAGAAAUACCCCUCAACGAAUCAACUUCAAUUUACGGGGUCACAACAGUGAGGUUGUCCUUGUUAGAUGGAAUGAACCUUUUCAGAAACUUGCAACGUGUGACAUGGAGGGAGGGAUAUUUGUGUGGAUCCAGUAUGAAGGAAGAUGGUCUGUAGAGCUGGUGAAUGACAGAGGUGCUCAGGUGAGCGACUUCACCUGGUCACAUGAUGGUACACAGGCCUUAAUCGCCUACAGGGAUGGUUUUGUCCUGGUGGGUUCAGUGAGCGGUCAGAGACACUGGUCAUCUGAGAUCAAUCUGGAGAGCCAGAUCACCUGUGGAAUCUGGACCCCUGAUGACCAGCAGGUGCUUUUUGGAACAGCAGACGGGCAAGUCAUAGUGAUGGACUGCCACGGCCGUAUGCUUGCCCAUGUUCUUCUGCAUGAGUCAGAUGGCAUAGUCAGCAUGUCUUGGAACUGCCCGAACUUCCUGGUGGAGGACAGCACUGAGAGUGAUACAGACUCUGAUGACCCUACUCCAUCUCAAGUGCAAAAUCUCAAACCACUGCUCACGGUCAGCUUCAUAUCAGGAGACAUUAGUUUGAUGAACAACUAUGAUGACCUUUCACCCAACAUUAUACGCUCAGGACUGAAAGAUGUGGAGGUACAGUGGUGUUCUCAGGGAGACCUGCUGGCAGUGGCCGGGAUGGAGAGACACGGCCUGCCCUCUGACUCUGCUUGUGCCUCUUUAAUGAGGAACGCCCUUGUCAAGUUUUACAAUGUCCAAGGGGAACAUAUAUACACUUUAGAAACCCCGGCCCAAAGGCCCAUCACCACGAUUUGCUGGGGUCACAGGGACUCACGUCUGUUUCUGGCCUGUGGACCAGCCCUGUAUGUAGUGCGUGUGGAACACCGUGUGGCCAGCCUCCAGCUUCUGUGUCAGCAGGGCAUUGCCAGUGCUCUUAAAGAGGAGAGAGAUGUGGGCAAACUGAACAUGCCUUCACUCCUCUGUUCCUAUGUUACCACUGCUUUCAUUCCAACUAUCAAGCCACCAAUCCCUGAUCCGAAUAACAUUCGAGACUUUGUGAGCUAUCCAACAGCAGGGAAUGAACGCUUGCACUGCACUAUGAAACGUUCAGAAGAAAAUCCAGAAGCGGGAGGCCCCUGUUACACCCUCUAUCUGGAACACCUUGGAGGUUUGGUGCCUAUUCUCAAGGGUCGUCGCAUCAGCAAACUGCGACCGGAGUUCGUCAUUAUGGAUCCAAAAAUGGAUGCUAAAGCAGAUGAGGUCUGUGUAAAUGGCAUGAUCUCCUAUAUGACUGACAGCUGUAACUGCUCAGACUCAAGCGAUAUUGAGUUGAGCGAUGAGUGGGUUGGGCGAAAGUCGCCCAAACUUUCUAGAGGAAACAGGUCUCCUAAGCUUCCUAGGUACUCUAAACAUAUAAGAAUUAAUAUGGAAUCAAGAAAGUCUCCCAAACUUGCCCAAACAUCUCAAGAAAUGUCUAGGUCUCCUAGAUUACCAAAGAAGCCUCCAGUUCGGUCUCCGAGUCUUACUCGAAGAGAAUUUCCAGUUGAUGGCUUUAGCGAGCAUAAUUACUUGGCCCAGGUGACCUCUAACAUUUGGGGAACUAAGUUUAAGAUUGUAGGCCUUGCCUCAUUUUUGCCAGCUAACUUGGGGGCAGUUAUUUAUAAAACUAGUUUGCUGCACCUGCAACCUCGUCAGAUGACCAUUUAUUUGCCUGAGGUGCGUAAAAUAUCCCUGGACUUCAUGAGUCUGCCCGUGUUUAAUCCCAAUGUGUUCAGUGAAGAUGAAGAUGAUUUACCUGUAAUGGGACCCUCUGGAGUGUCAGCCGACAAUCCUCCUUGCACAGUUAAUAUCCCAAUCGCUCCAAUUCACAGCCCUGCUCAAGCCAUGUCACCUACGCAGAGCAUAGGCCUAGUGCAGUCUCUCCUUGCCAACCAGAAUAUUCAACUUGAUGUCCUUACCAAUCCCACUGCCACUGCCACUGCAGCAGCUGCAGCUGCAGCCGCAGCAGCAACAGCAGCAGCAGCUAAUGCAACAGUAUCUGAACAUAGCCAGGAUACUGUGACAGCACAGUACACUGUGCCAACCAGAUAUUCCAACCCUGGACAGGUGAUUUUCAGUGGACUGGAAAUGAGUAAUAUCCUGAGUGGAACUCUUCCUCCUCCUCCACAUCAUCUGCCACAACAACGUCAACAACAACAACAACAACAACAACAGCAGCAGCAACAAGACCAUCAACAAUCUAAACAUCAACAGCAAUUACAACCACAGCAGCAUCAUCUGAAAUUGCAACAUCAGUCACAGCAGCUGCAUCAACAGUCGCUGCAGCAGCAACACAUGCAACAUCAGCAGCAACUGCAAACACAGCAACAUCAACAGCAACUGCAACAGCAGCAUCAACAACAACUGCAACAGCAGCAUCAACAGCAACUGCAACAGCAGCAUCAACAACAACAACUGCAGCAGCAUCAACAACAACUGCAGCAGCAACAUCAACAACAACAACAACUGCAGCAGCAGCAUCAACAACAACAUCUGCAGCAGCAACAUCAACAACAACAACUGCAGCAGCAGCAGCAACAACACCUGCAGCAGCAGCAGCAGCAGCAUCAACAACAACAACUGCAACAGCAGCAUCAACAGCAACUGCAACAGCAGCAUCAACAGCAAUUGCAACAGCAGCAUCAACAACAACAACAACUUCAACAGCAACAUCAACAACUGCAACAGCAGCAUCAACAGCAGCUGCAACAACAUCAACAGCAAAUGCAUCAGCAGCAAAUCCAACAGCAGCAACUGCAACAGCAGCAACAGCAGAUUCAACAGCAAGUGCAGCAGCAUCAACAACAAAUUCAUCAACAGCAUCAACAACAGUUUCAACAGCAGCAGCACCAAUUGCAGCUUCAGCAUGAGCAAAUGCAACAGCAGCAGCAACAAAUGCAACAGCAGCAGCAACAAAUUCGACAGCAAAUACAAGAAAUGAGACAGCAGCAACAACAACUUCAACAGCAGCAUCAACAAAUACAGAUGCAGCAUCAACAAAUGCAAAGACAGCAUCAGCAAAUGCAGCAGCAGCUUAAAAUGCAAAUGUCACUUCAACAUCCGCCUUCAGGGUAUGCUACUCUAUCCUUGCAUCAGUUACAGCUACUGCCUCAAAUUCCUCAUCCAGACCAGCCUCCAGAAAGAGGAGAACAAGUCCUCCCUCUGAAGAUUCCCUCACGACCACAGUCUUUUAUUGAAACUGACACCAUUGAGAUACAGAUGCGCAAAGUAAAUCCUCCACCACCUUACCCAGGUACAGUAGUAUCUGCUGCGGCUGCCCCACCCACUACAGCCCCUCCUGGUCUUCUUGUUAGCAAUGAGAAUGGCACCACGCUGUCAGCAGAUCCAUGUUUAACUAAGGAUGAAUUCUCUCUUCACCCAAUUAGCCUCCAGUACCCAACUCCACUAGGCUAUGAAAGAAUCACUACUUUUGACAGCAGCGGAAAUGUUGAAGAAGUGUGUCGUCCAAGGAGACGCCUUUUAAGAAACCAAAAUGCCUAUGGCAUGCAAGGAAUGGGCAGUUCUGCUACAUUGAAAGUAACUUCAUCUGAGAACAAGAAGGUCCAGUUGCCAUACAGCUCAGCAACUCUUAGUCGCCUCUCAGUGCCUAGAUAUUCCAUACCUAGUGGAGACCCACCACCUUAUCCUGACACAUCUAGUCAAAUAAACACAAUCAGAAGUCCCACGCAAAGAAUUGACAGCAGUUUGAUUCAUGCUACUUUGCGCCGCGAUCGCAGGGAACCAACCCUGAAGGUUUCUCAAAUGGUAGAUUCAGUGAGGACUCUACCGACUAAAUCCAAAAUGAAUGGUUCCCUUACGCUGUCCUAUCAGCCAAGAAUACCUACGGCUUUGUAUACAUGCACUCAGUGUAGCAGUAAUAGCAGCAGCACUAGUGUAAGUGUUACUGGUGGUGGCACCAACAGCAGUGGAAUUGCUGGAGGUACUGUGGUUAGGCAAGACUUCCCACCUGGAAAAGGGGCUCAACACAGCACAAUAAUUGUGCACUCCAAAAGUGCCUCACCUUUAGCCUCCCAGUCCUCAUAUAACCUCCUGAGUCCGAUUGACAACAGUAGAGACAGAACUGUCUAUGUGAACUCUGCCUUUACUGAAGACGAGACACUAAGUCAGCAGUGCCAUCUUGAAAAGUCAGUGCGGCAUUUAACACUUGGAGAAGUCAAUUUGACAGUCAAAAGGCCUCCACCUUACCAGUGGGACUCCCCUGCAGCAGAACAACUCUGGAUACCUCAAGAGCAAAAUUUAUUGCCUGGACCUCCAGCACCACCACAUAAACCACCACCAUUUUUACUUAGCCAGCCACAGCACUUAGACAUGACCCGAUUACCUUUUGUCCUUUCAACAAAACCUCCCCCUAAUCCCAGUUCUAUGACCCUGCCUUCAGCCUAUCAGUUAUCCCUUUCACACUUCCCAUCAGUUUUAGGGCAUGGUGGACCUCAACUACAGCCUUUGCAGAGUCCUGCACAAUCAUGUGGCCCCAAUGACAUGGUAACAUCUAGCCCUUUCAGCCAACCAGACCCAACUUUAGUCCUACCCCCAGGUUAUCCCUCAAAUCUGACCAAUCUAGGUUGUUGCACCCUGCCUCCCAUGUACCCAGGGACUAGCUCAUGCAACAACCUUCAGCUACAUCCAAUGAGCUUGCAUCCUUGGAGCACAUACAGUACUUGUCCUCCAAUGCCAGACCAUUCCGCCACACUGCCUAGUAAGACCCAUCAAGCCCUGGAGAAGCCGGUUCUCUCUCCGCCUCCACCACCUCCACCUCCACCACCACCUCCUCCUCCACCUCCUCUCCCUCCUCCUCCUCCACCCGUUGAGCUCCUAAACCAUCAGAGUACUUCAGAUGUGGUUGCAGAAUCUGGAGAGAGCUUUCAGGAUCAGUCUUCUCUUAGUGAGAGUCCACAAGGAGCAGAGAGGUUCAGCAAGAAAGCACGUAAGAGGCUUGACAGUAGGGCAGAAGAGGCCAAUAUGUCUGGAGUUUCUGAAGGUAAAUCCAAAAAAGAGAGUCGCACACUCUCUGAUUUCAAUUCCCUGAUCUCUAGCCCAAGACUGGGCAGCAGGGAAAAGAAGAAACCUAAAGGGCAGAAAGAGCCAUUGAACAAGGCCAAGAAAUUAAGUAGAACCUCCAAUGAGUUCCAGGACAGCUCAGAGAGUGAGCCUGAACUCUUCAUCAGUGGCGACGAGUUGAUGAACCAAAGCCAGAGCAGCAAGAAAGGAUGGAAGAGCAAACGCAAUCUGCGUACAGCAAACGAACUUGAGGAAAUCAAGUGCCGUAAAGCCAACGAGAGAGAGGAUCGUAGUCUUGGCAGCCAAGGCUUUGUCUAUGUCAUGGCCAACAAGCAGCCAUUGUGGAACGAAGCCACCCAGGUUUACCAGCUUGACUUUGGAGGACGGGUGACACAGGAGUCAGCCAAAAACUUUCAGAUCGAGCUUGAUGGACGCCAGGUGAUGCAGUUUGGAAGAAUUGAUGGUAAUGCAUAUAUCCUGGAUUUUCAGUAUCCAUUCUCAGCGGUACAGGCAUUUGCUGUGGCCUUGGCCAAUGUAACUCAGAGACUAAAAUAGAAAACCUCUCCAGCAAUCUUGUCCUUGGGAACAGAUGGACUGAAAAAGAGUUUAUUGUUAAUUGCAGAUUGUGAGAAAUAUUACAUUCUCUGCUGCCAUAACGUCUGUGCAAUGCCAGUUAGUAGGCGAGAGAUCUGGUCACUCUCAGGCAGAGCGUACACAAGACGUAGACAGGUGGUUCAACAAUAGAUUUAGUGCUUUAAAGUACCUUUUGUUAACAGAGGUACAAGCUGAUAUAAGGUUCCACCUAAAAGGUGGUGCACAUCUGAAAAAAGUUAAUAUUUGUGUAUUGAUGGAAUAUUAUUUUAUUUAUGAAGUCACUUUCAUUGAUUUUUUUCCAUGUAUUUAAUUAGCAUAUAAUGGUGUGAUUUAAAUAUAAAGAUAACUACUAAAGUUGAAUGUUAGACUGUGGGCUUUGUUUAUUUUUUUCCCUCGAUUUCCCCACCUCCUUUUAUGUUUGUACCUGAGAUUUAUGUGCCAAAUUUAGAUUUCCUAUGUAUAAUCAUUGUAGAGUGACAGAUUUUGAUUAUUGCUUGUGGUCAGUAACCAAUGAAAAUCUAGAGGGGGAAUAACAACUUACUGUAUGUUUGAAUGUUCUCAUCCCGUAAGUCACUUCCAUGAAGUGAAGCAGAGAUAAUAUAUUCAAGUUAUAAUCAUAUUUUCCCAAUUGUGCCACUACAAAGAAUGCAUUUUUAUGGUUUUAAAUUCAAUUGAACUUUUUCUUCACAAAAUGUCUUAUGUUAUAUUGCAUCAUUUGCACACUGUGUUAUUGCAGUAUCUCAGUAAUGUCCUUUUUGAAUGAAUAUUUGCUUUUUAAAUGUCAACAGUAACAGAAAGGUUUGAACAAUUUUUAAUUACCUUCAAAUAUAUAAUAUUAUAUUGUCAUUGUCAUGUAAGUGACAUGACAGAAAAGUGCUGUAGUUAGAUGUACCUGAAAAUGUACUCAUAUCGUCCAUGUCACUUUAGCACGAACUAUAUAGUAUGCAUUAAUUUUGCCAAAAAUGUCUUAUAUCACUAUAUAUGAAUCAAACUUAACACACUGUAUAUUAUGCAAUGAAUGGAAUCUAAAUGAAACUGAAAGCUGAUACGUAAGAGUUUUUCCUCUAUCCUAAGUUUAAUAGUUAACCCAGGUUUGAUUUAUGUAAAGGGACAUCUUUUAAUAAUUAUAUUUAAUAAUUGGUUUCAAAUAUUUAAUGUGUUAAUGUUUAAUAUCCUGCAUCAAUAUUUAAUAGUUCUAAUGGCAAAUCAAAUAAUUGAUUUGUUUGUUGUUGCUUAGUUUCUGAUGUUUUCCAGUAAUUUCAUCAGUUUUAAUCACAUUUUUGUUGUAAGCCAAACAGUGGUUCAGAGUGAGAUAGUGUUGAUAUGGUUGACGUUUUAAACACUUCUUGAUUAUUCUUGAUGUUGUAUGCUUUGAUGAUUUGCAGUUGCAGUUAUUUCUAGCCACUUUGUACUGGGAUAUUCAGGCCCAGAUUAAAUUAUGUGGAAUGUGAGGCUUUAACUGUGCUUUAUUGCUUAAUUAUUCUAAUGUACAUUUACAAAAUGUAAUUCAAGGGUGUCUUGGAAAAGCAUUAGAAUGUCUGUGCAAAGUAGGCUUAAAGUCAUGAAAUAAAAUCAAACUAGUUUGAUGGAA